AUGAAAAUUGCGUUUGUGAAAGGGAAUGCUGCAUUCGCAAAGAAGUUAUACGGAGGUCCAGUUCUAUCAGACACAGAACCUUACAGAACAUUCCCCCUGAAAGAGAAACUUGGUUUCGAUAAUUUCAACAAAGAUUUACAUAACUACAGCCUAGUUUGGAAGCCUGAUGACGGAUAUUCUCUAUUUGCCUUUCAUGGCAAGCUCAAUGAAGAAAUGGAGGGUCUGGAAGCAGGACACUGGUCGAGAGAUAUAACAAAGGCUAAAAAUGGUUUAUGGAUUUUUAGAGAUAGGAAAGCAAAAUUGAAAAUAGGAGACAAAAUUUAUUUUUGGACGUACGUUCUCAAAAAUGGUCUUGGCUAUAGGCAAGAUAAUGGUGAAUGGACUGUGACUGGAUACGUUGGCGAAGACGGGAAUCCAAUAUCUGAAGGGGUUUCUCCUAAUUCGACUUGCGUAACAAGCUCAACGGCAACUCCCAAUUUGCAGCCACCAACUACUUCAAGUGGGGAAGGACCAACCUAUCCAUGUGAGCUAUCACAGUCUCAAGUGUCCGUUCCGGGUUUUGUCUGUAAGGGUCAGCUGCUAUUCGAAGAUAAUUUUAGUGAAGAUAUAGACAAUGGGAAGAUUUGGACUCCGGAAAUUAAAUUUCCCGCAGAGCCGGACUAUCCAUUCAAUAUUUAUUUGUAUGACCAAAAUAUCCAAGUCAAAGACGGUAAAUUGACCAUCAAGCCCAUGACCUUAGAAUCACGGUAUGGGGAAGGAGCUGUUGAUACAUUUUUGGAUCUCACUGAUAGAUGUACCGGCAAAAUUGGAACUGACGAAUGCUAUCGGAGAGCAUUUGGUCCUCAAAUCAUACCACCUAUCAUAUCUGGCAAAGUGACCACGAAGCACAGCUUUGCUUUUAAAUAUGGUCGCAUAGAAGUUGGCGCAAGGAUGCCACUGGGGAAGUGGCUCAUACCUGAAAUACAAUUGGAACCUCGAGAUAAUGUGUAUGGAGCGAAAAGAUACGCUUCUGGACUUUUACGUGUAGCUUGCGUUAGGGGUAAUGUGGAAUAUUCUAAAAAUCUUUAUGGAGGACCCAUAUUGUAUGACUCAGAUCCUUUUAGAUCAGCUUAUUUGAAAGAAAAAGUUGGAUUUGACCAUUGGAGUAAAACUUUCCACAACUAUACUUUGGUAUGGAGACCAGAUGGCAUUUCUCUUUACGUUGAUGGAGAAAGUUAUGGUAACGUUUUACCUGGUGAAGGAUUUGCAGAAGAAGCAAGAAAGAAUAACAUAAAAUCUGGUUCACAAUGGCUGAAAGGAACUUUAAUGGCACCUUUUGAUCAAAUGUUCUACAUCUCUCUUGGUUUAUCGGUGGGAGGAAUCCAUGAAUUUCCCAACGGCCCUAAUAAGCCCUGGACCAAUGAGGGCGUUAAGGCUAUGAUCGAUUUUUGGAAAGCCAAAGACCAGUGGUUCUCCACUUGCGCUCGUCAUUCACUGAUAGAAGCCUCUUCCACAUUACGCCACUGCGAUCCAUCUUUUGCUCUUCUCCUGCCAUCUCCUCCAUCCCAGCUGUUUCCGUCCCAUAAUCUCUUUAAUGAGGUGAAAGUUGGAGCAUUUUCACGAGGUAAAGCAAUUGCAAUGAUAAAUUUCAAUUCUAUAACGUUUUUUCUAUUACUUCUUAUAUUCUCUCGAAGCAUCGCAACACCUAGACCCUUUGAGAGAUAUUUGGACGCACCUUUUUUAAAAAGUGUGUCCGGGACUGUGCCAGCCGGCUUAUUUAUUGCGUGGAACGGAGUGAGACAACGUACAGAUGACCCAGUUUUGGGAUUUAAGAUUAAACUAUGGAUCUUGAAACAAGAAACUAAUAUAGAAUAUGACCUUUUGAAUGCCGAAGAAUAUCCUGGUGAAAUUCAUAACAUAAAACCAACGAAGCAAAUUAAUAUUCUCAUCUACCCUCAGAGUUUUAGGAUCAAUGAAACACUUGGAUUUCCGUGGAAAGAAUUCAUCGUUGAAAGGGAGGAAGAGUAUUCAAAGUCACUUCAUAUUAAAAAUCUGGAUUACAAUGUUGUGUACGAAGUUCGUGUACUUGCUUAUAAAAUAGACCAAGACGGCCCGAUGUCGGAACCAAUGAGGAUAAAGCUGGUGAAAGUGGGAGAAAACUUAGGACACACUAUAAAGAAAACAUCUGUGGGUUGCGAGUUUCUCAUAAAAAGUGAUGAUAGGAUCAAAAUGUUUCAUUUUGAAGCUAAUUUUUAUUCGCCUAAUGGUACAUUCUAUAAAAGUAUCAGGGAAUUUAUUGUUGAGGAAACAAAUGGAUACUGGAUGUACGAGGAUCUGGAGACCCCGUUGAAAGUAGGGGAUACCGUGGUUUAUUAUUUAUUUGUGGCAUUUAAACGUGGAGUAACCGACAUGGUUCGUUGGCUCUUUAAGGUUCCAGGAUACACUGGAAAAGAGAAAGAUGUAGUACAUAAAAAUGAUGUAUUGGAACCUUCGCCUGACGUUUACAAUACUUGUAAAAGAACCGAUACCGUAAUUUUCAAAGGCAAAGCUUGCAGCGGUAACAUGAUAUUUGAAGAUAACUUUGAUACUUUUCGAGAGGACCUGUGGCAGAUUGAACAGUACAUACCCGAUGAUGACCCAUACCAUCCCUUUGUAACAUAUCAAAAUAAACCUUCCAAUCCAACCGUUUUUGUCGAUGAUGGAUUACUGAUUAUAAAACCUAAGCUACCGGGAAAUAUUACCGAAUUUUCCGAUGAAUCUUUUCUAUAUGGAAAAUCUCACUUGGAACACGAGUGCACCAACCAAAUAUGUGCAGACUUACCUGGUAUAUUACCGACUGUACUAAGUGGCAAACUUAAAGCUAAAGUGGCUUUUACUUAUGGGAUUGUCGAAAUUCGUGCCAAGAUGCCUAUUGGCGACUGGCUGUAUCCAGAAAUUCAGUUGGAGUCAUUAACGAAAAAAUACGGCAAAGCAAAUUACUCCUCUGGUCUUUUGAGAAUUGCCUCAGUAUUCGGAAAUGAAGGCUCAAACGAUACUUAUAAUAACAAAUUUUUAGGAGGAAGUCCUUUAUUGAACAUUGCGUGUUUAUCGAGUAACGAAGCCAAAAAAAAGAUAUCAAAUGGAACAUGGUCCGAUGAUUUUCAUAUCUAUUCCUUGAAAUGGACACCCGAUGUCAUAGAACAAUAUGUGGAUGGAGAGAUGUGGAAUCGUUUCCGACAAGGUCGUAAAGGACUUCGGUCUUGGUUGCCCCUAAACUGUCGCAAUAAUUGGUUUGAACUUCUUGGUACAGGAGGCAAGAUGGCUCCAUUUGAUCAUCACUUCUUUUUGACUUUGGGAGUCGCGGCCGGUGGCAUGAUAUUUCCGGAUAACAUGAAUGGAACAUUAGGGAUCAAGCCAUGGCGCAAUAAAGAAAGAAGAGCGCUACAGAAAUUCUGGAAGGACCUCCCGAAUUGGUACCAAACUUGGACCCAACCUUUAUUAAUAGAUUACGUCAAAAUAAGUGCCCUAUAA